AGCAGUCGAUUAAGCAUCUAACUCCUGUUUUACAAAAGUUCAAUGUUACACACGUAAUUAAGAGAGUACCGAUAGCCAUCCCUCACAACCAAACGUUCACGGCGAAGCGCUGCUGUUCCGAUGGAUGAUCUACGCACUAUGUUGUUAAGUAGUGGUGUUCCUGGAUCAGGCGAUCCAGGGCCGCCCUUAGCUGUCCUAUAUAGCCGCUGCCAUAAAGUCCAUACGGAACAAGACCGUCUAGUUGCUUCGCGAGAUCCAGAACUGAUCGAAGCGGCGUUGUCACUAUUAGCGCAUACGGAAACAGUUGUCGAAUCCGCCGGCGUAUUCAGCUCUAAUGAAGACCGGGAUGACUUGGCGACAGCUGACAUCAAGUACCUGUUGGUCCCUUACUACCGCGGCAGCUUGCUAUCGGCAGCGCCUGUGCAGGCAAAUGGCACGGCUGGCCCCAGCGCUGCACGUUUGGCGGCGGUGCAACGUGCUUUGCCGGCCCUGGGGUCCUUCCUUCAGCGCUGUGAGCAGUACGACUUGCUGGGAGCCCUCGGUCGUACGGCGAUGGACGCAGCCAGCGGAGCACCCGUGGACCCCGCCACCAAGCGCAGCUAUAAGGUGGAAAAAUUCAAGCGCGAGAAGGCACUGAAUGCGGCUCUAGGGGCGCUGGAGGCCCGGCGGCUGGCGGCUGCGGCUCAGGAGCGGGAGGACGAAGCCGGGUCGUCCGGCACCGCUGCCCCCGCCAUCAAAUCAUCCCUUGCCACGUCUACACCAGUCUCCUCCUCCACGCAGCAGCAGCAGCCCUCCUCCGGCGGCGCUGGUGUCAUGGAUGAGGAGGACGAGCGGCAGCUGUGGGUGUGGCGAGUGGAGCUGGCGGUGCUGCAAGCAGCAGACCUGCAGGCCUCACUUAGGCAGGAGGUCGAGCUCUUGCAGCACGUGGCAGCGCGCGAGGAGGCGGCGGCGGCAGCAGCUGGCCCGGGGCCCUCCUCAUCCUCGGCAGCAGCGGCGAAUCGCGGUGCAGGGAGUGCUGGGGAGCCGAGCGAGGCGGAGAAGGCGGCGCUGCUGGAGAAGCUGCGGGGCAUCUUCCGGGACCUGGACGGCAGUCGGAAGGAGCAGAUCAAGCGGGAUGUGUUCAAGCCGGGGCACAUCCUGCCUACCAUGACGGUGGAGGAGGCGGGCGAGAUCGAGUGCCGGGAGGCAAUGCAACGCGAGCAGCGGCAGCGCAAGCAGGAGGAGAAGGAGGCGGCGCGAAGGGCGGCGCUCGACAGCGACGAGGAGGAUGCGGAAGACAAGGCCAAGCAGCGCGCCUGGGAUGACUAUCGCGACGCGCACCCCAAGGGCUACGGCAACAGCAAGGCUCGGCCCUGCGGCUAGAGGGCAGAAACAGUGCGGCCAGUGGUGGAUUGCAUGCUGGGCCAGUGGUGGGUCGCCUGCUGGGCCAGUGGUGGAUUGCCUGCUGGGCAGCUGCCCAGUGCCUACCUGCUGCCCAGCAUUCCACUGGCGAUGUUGCCAGGAUGUCGUGCUUCAGUUCUAGAAUCUGUUCCGGAAGACAUCGUGUAGGUCUGGAUUGAUAGGUCUUUUGCUCUUCAUGCCGAGUUUGAACCGGGGUUGGGAGCGUCAGCAGUGAAUGGCUGUGCUGGGUCACAUCAACUACAUGUACUUGCUUGCAGGAAGUUGUGCCAUUAAAUAUUGCAAUAGGAGGUUUAGCGAUUACCAAUGACGAUUCAAGCUAUGGUUUGCGCUGCGUGGACAUUGCUGGUUGCGGUAGAGGUUGCGGCAUGGCGUCACGUGUUUCUAAGCAGGAUGGAAGCCGUGGUCCCUCUCUUGCUAGCUAAGUAGCUGCGGGUCGCAUUACUACUUUACGUCCCCUCACGUGUUAUGGAGAAGGUACUCUGCGGAAUACAGCU